AUGUCAGUUCUGAGCGACGCGUUACAUAAGAUAAAGUUUUCGGUUCCACAUUACACGAUCAAAGGUUGGGGCAAAGAUGGCUCGGAUAUUGACGCUAUGAGAAUUGUCGUACGCGAGGAUCUCACCUUGGAGAUCAUGCAAAAAACGAUGAAUGUGAUUGUGGAUGUGUGGAAAUAUGACCAGCAGAUAGAGCAGCCAUCAGAGCAGACUCAAACUGUGAAAGAAAAUUGA